AUGUCGAAACGAGCUCGCCAGGACUCGCUCGCCUUGUCGCUAUUCAACGCCUACAAGUCGAACCGGUCGCUCUUCCUCAAUUCGUCCUACAUUAUCCUCAUCACCGCUGCUUUUGCUGGAGCAACCAACUCUGGAGCGAAACCGAAAAAGAAGGGCUCAUCCGGCCAUGAUUCCGGGCUUGAUAAGAAACCGCCCAAAAUGACAAAGGAAGACUUCCGUGCGUUGAUGCAUUCGGCGCUUCCUUCCGUCAAAAAUUCCGCCGUUAGCUACUUAUUUGCCCACUUGGUGUUAUUGGUUGCUAGAGCUAUGUUGACCAUCAAGGUUGCCUCGCUAGAUGGUAAGUUGGUGGGUGCCUUGGUGUCCAAGAAGCUCCGAAAGUUUGGCCAACUUUUGGCCUUCUGGAUGUUCUUGGGAAUCCCUGCCUCUUUGGUAAAUGCCUCCCUUAAUUGGACCAGAGACAAGUUGCGCCAGCAGUUGAGGACAAACAUGAACAAUAGCCUUAUGGAAGACUACUUGCCCGACAACUUGGAUCCAAAUUAUUAUGCGCUUAUCCAGUUGUCUGACAGCAAGGUGCGUGACCCCGAUCAGAGAAUCUCCACCGAUGUGUCCAGAUUGGCACUGGCACUUGCAAGUCUCCCAGGACAAAUCUUGAAACCCACUUUGGACUUGCUUUUGUGUGCUAAAGAGCUUUCUAAGAGUGGUGUCGGUAGCGGUGAGGGCACUCUCGCUCUUGGAAUCUUAGCCCAUUGUUCCACAACCAUCCUCAGAUUCUUCUCUCCUCCUUUUGCCAAAUUGGCAUCAGAGAAGGCCAAUUUGGAGGGUCAACUUCGUUCGGGCCACUCCAAGAUCGUGGCAAACAACGAGGAGAUUGCCUUUUUGCUGGGCCAUGAGCGAGAGUUGGACUACAUCGACUAUUGCUACUACCAAUUGGAAAGAUUCCUCAAGAUGGAGUACUGGAAGCGAGGUAUCCAUGAGAUUGCUCAAACCUUCAUUGUCAAGUACUUCUGGGGUGCUGCUGGUUUAGUCUUGUGUUCUGCACCAAUCUUCAUCAACAAAUACUUGGGAAAGGCCCCAGAUCCUAAUGCCACUGGUGAGUUCAUCACAAACAGAAGAUUAUUAAUGAGCGCGUCGGAUUCGUUGGACAGAUUGAUCUACUCUAGAAGAUUCUUGCUUCUGGUAAUUGGCCAUGCCUCCAGAGUCACGCUUUUCCAACAGGCUUUGUAUGACAUCAAGAGAAAGAGACUCGCCAACCCAUUGGAAUCCAAUGAAGGUAAGGGUCAUGUAUCUUUCGGCGAAGAGAUCACUUUUGACGAGGUCCGUCUUGUGACUCCGGCAGAUGUUACAUUGAUUGAGUCUUUGAACUUCAGCAUCAAGCCAGGUGAACAUCUUCUUAUUGCUGGCCCCAACGGUGCCGGUAAGUCGUCUAUGUUCAGAAUGUUGGGUGGAUUAUGGCCAUGCAAGAAGGGACACAUCACCAUUCCUACUUCCGAAAACAUGUUCUACUUGCCUCAACGUGCAUAUCUUUGCAAAGGUUCUUUAAGAGAACAGAUCAUCUACCCCCACACGUUGGAACAGUACAAGACCAAUAAACACGGCAAGACAGACGCAGACUUGGCCGAGAUCUUGAAGAUUUUAGACCUUGGAGAUUUGGUAACUUCAGAAGAGUCAUGGGAUAAGGUGAUGAACUGGAACGAGGAGUUGUCAAUUGGUGCUCAACAAAGAUUGGCCAUGGCCAGAUUGUACUACCAUCAACCCAAGUUUGCUGUUCUCGACGAGUGUACGUCGGCAGUUUCACCCACUAUGGAGCAGUUCAUGUACAAGCAUGCCCAAGAGAUAGGAAUUUCGUUGCUCUCGGUGGCACACAGACCUGCUUUGUGGCACUUCCACAACCGGUUGUUGAAGUUAGAUGGCAAGGGAGGCUACUUCUUUGGUCCGCUAGAUGCAGAAAGAAGACUCAAAUUCGAGGAGGAGAGAUUGAAAUUGGAGAAGAAUUUGAGAGAUGUUCCUACGUUGAGAGACCGUCUCGAAGAAUUGAGGAAGGUUUCAAGUGCACAGCACAUUCGGUACGAGAAUUCGCACCGCAAUUUGGUGGAGUUGGGAAGCUGA